AUGGAUCAACUUGAGCAAGAGGUCCACGAGCUUCGUGGAGAAGUAACAACACUUAGGGCUGAGGUAGAGAAGUUAACUAGCCUUGUAUCUUCAUUGAUGGCUACAAACGAUCUACCGCUUGUCCAACAAAGGCCUCAAUCACCAUAUCAGCCAAUGUGCCCUCAAAAGCCUCGACAACAGACUCCUCGGCAGUCUAUCCCUCAGAAUCAGGUUCCUCAGAAGUUCAUUCCGCAAAAUCAGGUCCAAAAAGCAUCUCAGUGUGACCCGAUUCCUGUGAAAUAUGCGGAUUUGCUUCCCAUUUUGCUUAAGAAGAACCUUAUUCAAACCCUACCACUUCCUCGGGUGCCGAAUUCGCUGCCACCUUGGUAUCGCCCUGACCUCAACUGUGUAUUCCAUCAAGGGGCACCAGAUAUAAAAGUGCUAUUUCAACAACAACAUCUGGCUCCUCACUCUGUUGCCGCUGUUAGACCCAUCACCAAUGUUGUCCAAGAUCCGGGUUAUCAGCCCCAGUUUCAGCAAUAUCAACAACAGCCUCGACAGCAGGCUCCAAGAAUUAAAUUUGAUCCGAUUCCAAUGAAAUAUGGGGAGUUGUUUCCCUAUUUGCUUGAGAGGAACCUUGUCCAGACUAGGCCACCUCCUCCAAUACCGAAGAAAUUGCCGGCUCGAUGGAGACCUGAUCUCUUUUGUUUAUAUCAAAAGCAUGAAGCAAGUUUUCAACAAGAGAAGGCUCGUCCCCAUGAAUGUCAAGAGAGUGGCCUUGUGCUCAAAAGUUAUACUAUCUGA